ACUGUUACUUUAAGUUCUUUACAUUUUGCUGUACAUUCAGUACUUUUACUGCAAGUACUUUGUGUUGAUAAUACUUAGCACAGUCAGGAGCUUUACUUUCUAGAAACUCUCACACUGCACUCUGUGUGUCAUACUGCAAGUACUUUAGAAAUACCGUGAGUACUAUUGAGAGAGUACAGUUGUUUUUUUACUGCACAAUCAGUGCUUUUACUCUGAGUACUUUUUGUUGAUAAUUCUUCAGUCAGGUUUUGUUUGCAGGAUUUUUACUUUCUAGGCAAACAGGAAGUAGAGUGUAUAUAUAUAUAUAUGUAUUUAGUCACUUUUUCCACUUGUUCCUGUGAGGAGAGUGCGACUCCCUGCAGGGACACACUGCAGUACUUCAAAUACUCUGUAGAUACCGAGCUCCAGGAUGGAGGCGGUGCUCCUGGCCCUGCUGCCCGGCUGCAGCGCCUCCUGCCUCGGCCUCUCCCCCUCUCUCUCGCGACCCGCUCUGGUGCUCCAGCUGGAUAGCGGCUCCACAACAGAGACUCUCUUCCGGUUCAAACUGACCGCGGAUCAGCUGGGGAUCAGCACCGUGCGCGUGCACACCACUGCGCGCGGCCGCGACGUGCUGCGGCGCUACCAGCAGCUGCUGUUCACGAGCCUGUACACCUUUGAUUACCAGGUGCAUUACGUCACCUGCUGCACAGACCACGCCCACAAACGCUCACCUGGAGGAAAGGAAGUGGAGGAAGAGGUUUCCGGGUUCCUGCAGCAGCUUCCUGCUCAGAGGGGGUGCGUGCAGGUGCUGAAGUCCCCUCUGAUCCCAGAGUGCUUCGGUCACGGCUUCAGCACCCGUGCAGGCGGCGUCUCGUCCAUCGCCUCGCUCUCCUCUCUGAACCUGUUCAGCAGCAGCAGGAGGAGAGACUCAUUGUCCGUGGUGCAGGAGAACCGGAGGAGACUGGCUCUGAAGGCAGGCUUCAACCCCCGAGACCUGCAGCUGGUCAAGGUGGACCACGGCAGUGCAGUGUGGGUGGUGGGGGGGGCGGAGCCUGAGAGAUAUGACGCUAUGGUGACGGAUCAGAGGGGGCGGGUCUUAGCGGCUCCGGGGUCCGACUGCAUGCCCCUCCUCUUCGCUGACCAGGGGUCAAAGGUCAUCGGAGCCGCACACGCUGGGUGGAAGGGGACCCUGGAGGGCGUUGCCAUGGCGACGGUGGGAGCCAUGGUAACGGAGUUUGGUUGCCGGGCGAGGGACAUCGUGGUUGCCGUGGGGCCGUCAGUGGGGGGGUGCUGCUUCACGCUGGACAGGAAGCAGGCGCUCCACUUCCUGUUGCUCCAUCCAGACUGCGUGAAAGACCCCGAGGCCGAGAGGCCGCACGUCAACAUACGCCUCGCCAACAGAAUCCUCCUGGAGCGCGGCGGCGUGCUGCCCGGGAACAUCGACGACAGCUCGGUGUCAGAGUGCACCUCCUGCCACACCGAGCUCUUCUUCUCUCACGUCAGAGACGGACUGAACUUCGGCACCCAGCUGGGCUUCCUGUGGAUCAGAGAGGAAGAGGAGGGAGAGGAGGAAGAGGAGGGGAGAGAGAGAGAGACUGACAGGUAGACAAUAGUAGGAAAUACACAGAGUACACAUGAGAUGUACUUUAUACUAC